UCUUACAAAAAUAUUGACAGCCUAUAUUUUUUAUAACAUAUAACGGUGCCUGGUGACGUCAGCGUCCCAGCAGGACUGUGGAAAGAAAUCAAACAGGAUGCUUUUCACUCUCAGUCCGUCGCACUGCUGCAAACACCGCCCCUCAAACUGUCUGUGCAGAUGGCUCGAGCAAAUGUGAAAGAAAGUGUUGCUACUACGGACGAUGUUUGGAAGAGUAGGGGUGUUAAAGAAGAGAGCCGACGAUGAAAACGUGGACUCCGGAGCUGAAACUGCCGAAUCUGACUGCAGCAGGAUGUCAUCAUCUGGCAUUGAACUCAUGACCAGUCGGGUAAGGCAGCAGCGGCAACAACAGCUCCUGCUGAUGAACUUGCAUCUGCUGGCAAACCCUGGAGACUCACUGCUGCUGCAGCACACCCUGGAUCGCCUCCUCCGCUGGCUCUGCCCAAGCCUCUGCAUCUUCCACGUGUCCGAGAGGGCCUCCCCAUUCAGAAGUUACACCCACCUCUGUCCAGUGGCAGGCUACCCUUCUCUGGCCAUCACCUUUUUCCUCCAUGAGGCCUAUGGAGAGGAGCGAAUCCUCAAAGUGCUGGACUUCUUUCAGCGUCCGCCCUGGCAGUACCACCACACUGAGACCUGCGGCAGCCGAACGGGGGGGAUCCACAUUACCUCCAGCAGCUUACCCGCCAAUGCCAUGCUGCGGCCCUACCUCCUGCCCAGCAGAGACUUCUAUAGUUUGGGUGCCGGCAUGCCUGUGUGGGGGGUGCGACCAGUCCACUGUGGGGGAGAAAUACUACGUGUGACACUUUACAGUGGAUAUGACAACUACGAGGAUGCUGUGCGGCUCUAUGAGACAGUGCUGCAGCGACAGGCAGAGGAACAGAAAACGGGCUUCUGCUGGUUCACUCUUCACACAGAGCCCGGGCUGUGUCUGCAGCUGGCUUUGAAACAGUUGUCACCUGGGAUUCGGGUGGAGCCGUGCACCUCAGCCGUGCUGCAGUUUUGUGUGGAAGAAAUUGGCCAGUUAGUCCCUCUGUUGCCCAACCCCUGUACCCCCAUCAGCACUACACGCUGGCAGACAGAAGACCUGGAUGGCAACAAAGUUCUCUUUCAGGUGAAAACCCCGGCUCAACCUCAGCGACCUCUGACCUGUGCUUUCCCCCUGACCUGCCCCAGUGUGUCUCCUCGAGGAAUGCAGCUCAGGAGCCCGGGACAGGGCCACAGUCUGUCGCCCUGCAGCCUCACAACGCCCCUGCCCUGGCAAGCACACAGGCAAGGCCUCAGACCGCGCAGUGAGCCUGUCCCGGAGAAGCUUUAUGGUGGAGGAGAGAGCCAGGGAUCAGGAAGCUGCUGUAGCACCCCUCCAGGCAGCUCCUGUUACUCAUCCCAGCGCAGCAGCCCCGCACCACCCUCAACCACCAAUCACCCUGACUCUCCUCUGCGCCCCUCCAUCACCCGUUCUCUCUCACAUCUCCUUCUGGAAGAGGAUGAGGAGGAACCAGAGACCAACGUAGACACGGGAGUCCCUAUCUCACUGCACUCUGACACGGCAAUCAAAAUAAUUGCUCGCUCUUCCUCCAUGGACCUUUUGAUGAAUCUCCACCCUGAGAGACCUGCAGCGGUUGGGGCUUCAGCUGUUGAGGGUCUGGCCAAGGAGCUGAUUGAGUGUCUGCCACGGACACGCAUACACCCUCAGGUCGGCUCCAGGACAUGGGGCUCUGCUGGAUGUACAGAUAGAGCCAGGAAGGGUUGUGGCAGCAGGGCUGUGUUAGCAGGACAAAGCCCCUUCAAAGGGCCCUUUGUGGAGAACAGGACUACUGCUGAGCUGCCGUCAGCACUCGCAAACAACAAGGAGCCUGUCGAUGAGUUCUUCAUCUAAAUUACUGCUUCUACGCCACAUAAUAAUCACAGUGCAAUUAAAAUCACAUGGAGGACUGCAGCAGAAGUUGGACUGGAAGAGAAACCCUUUAAAGAGAGUCUGAAGUUAAGCAGGAGGACACCGCUGUGCAGUCUGGCAAAAGAGAAAGAAACCAAACUUCUCAAGAAACCAAUGUUCUGCUGCAAGUGACACUUUCCUCUCAAAAGUGACUCCAUGUCUUGAAAUGGAUUUUACUUGUACGUUAUUGUAGAAAUUUAUGGGACAGUUGUUCAAAUCCUACUCUAACAGAGCUGCAUAGAGCGCGGUACAAGGUGAGUGAUAGUUUGUGCAGGUAUUAAUAUUCUUAAAUGUCUGAAUUACUUUAAUAUUUAGAUCCAACUAAUGAUUUGUGCAGCUAUUGUGAUACAAUGUAGCCCUUUGAAUAGCAAAACAUGAAGGAAAUGCUCUGUAUUAAGUGUUACUGUCAGGGUACUAAUGCCAGUCACAUUUCUCAGCUAGACGAGCUAAAUGUUUUAUUUUUCAAUUGCCUUUGAAACAGAUGAUCUCAGCGUGAAGGCGCUCUUGGAUGUCGCUGUUGAUCGUGAUUAGAAAUCUGAUUUAGUCUGAUUGGUCUACAGUGUGCUACAGGUUUUAAAUAAUAAAAGUAUAGCCUAGUG